ACUCUGACCACCUCUACUCCGUGUGCUUCUCUGCACAGGUCCCGUGCACCCUGGACGCGAUCUUCCCAGAUGUCCUUCACUCCGGCGCCGGGACACCACGGACCCUGGGUGCAGCAGCAGCGGAAGACGCGAGCCAGGCCCCGGCCGAGGACCUCGCCCCCUCCGCCGCCUCCGGUCUUCGAGAUCUCCACCCGGAACCGCUUCGCUCCCCUUCGCGAGACGGAACGCGACGCUGUGAUCGUCGGAGACUCCAUUGUCCGGUACGUACGUGCUACUUUAGCUAAAGGUAAAGUCCACACCCACUGUUUUCCUGGUGCUCGCGUUCUCGAUGUUUCUGCGCAGAUACCCGCAAUCCUGAAGGACGGCGAGAGCGUCGGCGCGAUCGUCCUGCACGCGGGGGUGAACGACACCAGGCUGCGGCAGACGGAGGUUCUGAAGAGGGACUUCAGCAGCCUGAUCGAGACGGUUCGCAGCACGUCGCCCGCGACGAGGAUCAUCGUGUCAGGACCGCUUCCCACGUAUCGACGUGGGCACGAAAAGUUCAGUAGACUUCUUGCUCUAAAUGAAUGGUUACUGACAUGGUGUAAAGAACAGAAACUGCUCUUUGUUAAUAAUUGGAAUCUUUUCUGGGAACGUCCUAGGCUUUUCCGUGCGGAUGGCCUGCACCCCAGCAGAGUCGGAGCGGAGCUGCUGUCGGACAACAUCUCCAGGACGCUACGCUCCAUUUGACUAGAAUUCACAAGCUCCAGUGUGGAUCCAGAACACUUAAGAAGAGAUGAUGCCAACCCCACAGAGGACUUCAGAUGAUGCCAACCCUGAAAACAUACAGCACUACCGAAUUCUGCUACUAAUUUAUAGUGUUCUUUGUCUGUUUGAUUACGUCAUUAAUUGAUCUUUACCACACAUCUCUGCCAUAUGUGCAUCAAGCUACUACUACAUAUAUUGUAAAAAUGUCAAUUUGGUGUAAAGCUGCUUUGCAACGAUAUGUAUCGUGAAAAGCGCUAUACAAAUAAAUUUGAAUUGAAUUGAA